AAUGCGAAUUUGCGAAAAGAUGCCCUUCCUAACACUUCUGGUCAAGUAAACGCCUCGCCACAUACUGCUCUGCUGGUCAAAGUAGUGUGUUCUUCUGUUAUCCUUAAACCACUAACAGUUCAGCUUCAACGUUUAACACCUCGCUCUUCGUACCAAGUCGCCAAGCACCCCCAUUUCUCCGACAACCAAAUCCUCCGUCAUGCAAUUGCGCUUCUCCUUUGUUCUGUUAGGCCUCGCUGCCGCCACGUACUCGAGGCCUAUCGCCGAUUCUCCACUCCAAACUCACGAAGGGCUCUCGACAACGACCUUCAAGGCUACAGCUACACCGACUGCUGCUUUGGAUGCGAAUUUUGAGAACCCUCGUGUUGCGCAGUCGGAAACGAUUGUCUUGACCAGUGAUCCUACUCGCACCGCGUCGUUAACGAGACAUACUAGUCGUGUAGCCGAAACGCAGACAUCAUCUCCCGAUACAAGAACGCUCAAAUCAAAACGUUUCUUAGAGGAAGUAGCUCAUGGCUUGUCCAACGCCGCUGGCAGUAUCCAAAAUACUACUGACCACUUUGAGGAUGUGAAACACAAGUACACGCAGCCAUUCGCGGACGCGGGUGCCGCGAUGCAUAAUGCGACUUCGGAUGUGAAGGAAGGGUUCGAAAACCUAGGGGAUGGUGUGAAGAAUGGUACAGAAAACUUGACCAAUGGGGUGAAGAAUAGUGUGGAGGGAGCAGCAGGUAAAAUGAAGAAUGGCACGGAAAGUGUAGUCAACGGCGUGAAGGAUGGCGCAGAAGGUGCACUUGCUGGGGGAAAGGCAGGGUGGAAUAAUGCAGGACCGGACUCCUCUUCUUGAUUACUGAGUUCAAUAGUAUUGUCAUAUUCGUUUGUGGAAUUGGAUGAUUAUCUUGCAUGAGAAAAGGCCUCAGGAAGGUCUUGAUGACUCUGGGAGUCUUAGUUAGGCUGGCUUAUUUCAACUACAUAUAGAUGUGGUUCAAACUUCGAACUGCUCACAUCCUCAGCAUGCGCUUGUACUUGGUACCUAAGUUUUCCCCGCUCUUGGCUCCGGAAUGGUGGUCGGCGGCGGUUCUCAGCGGUUCUCUCUCUCAACCUGUGCUUUAGGGGAAUACACAAAUGUCAUGAUUUUAGGCCAACAUUAGGAAACAGCAUGUCGAAAGUAGUGAAUAUCUCUCGAACUCUU